AUGUCGCUCGACCCGCCGACGUACCUGGGCUCGCUGCAGAGCAACAUUCGCCAGCGGCCGAUUCCGUGGGAUGGGGCUGUUAGAGCCGGCACCCUGACGGAGGAGCAGUAUUCCAAGAUCCGCGCCGUCGACAAGGCCAAGAAGCCCGAGGCGCGGAAGGAGAUUGUCUCGGGCGACCUGGAUGGAUACCGGGUGCUGUUUGUUGGUGGUUCUGGAAAGUCGAGCGUGCUCGAGACGGCAGGAAAGCAUGCGAAUGUGAUCCAGUACAUCCUCGUGUUGCUGGGCGACUUGCUCGAGGGUGCCCCGUCCCUUGCCAAAGCCAUCUUCAAGACCCAAGAUCCUUAUCGACAUUUCUUACCUCUGCUAAACUCGACCAACGCUGAGGAUCCCAUCCCAUUGCUCACCGCGCACGCCCUUACCACUCUCAUGUAUCUCGCUCGAGACGAGUCCCAGGCGACUCUUCAGGCCCUGCCUAUCGUCCUCACCUACCUAUCCGGCCUGGCCAAGAGCUCCGACGCUGGCCUACAAGACAUUGCCGUGCAGGAGUACUCUGCGCUGCUCUUCGGGCAUGCCUCGCGAGAGCAGUUCUGGAACCAGCGAAGCGAGACCGUUGCGCCCCUCGUCAAGAUUCUCCAGACUGCCGCUGGCAUUGGCAACGGCGACUCAUCCGCUAGCCUCUGGAGCGGCAACACUGCCGCUCGCAGCACUGGGUUCGAGGGCUCGCUCGGCGGCGGCGUCGGACUGCAGCUCCUGUAUCAUGCCCUCCUCGUCAUCUGGCAGAUGAGCUUUGAGGCUGAGCAGAUUGGUGAUGAUCUGAAUGACGAGUAUGACAUUGUUCUCCUAUACACUCAGCUCUUGCGCUUGUCGCCCAAGGAGAAGACGACCCGACUAAUCCUCUCCACCCUCUACAACCUCCUCGAGAAGAACCAAAAGUCUCUUCUGCCCACUGCGGUCCUCGCUCGUCUUCCCUCCCUGCUUGACAACAUUGGCAGCCGCCACCUUACGGACCCCGAUCUGCUGGAGGAUCUCUCGAGCCUCAAGGAGAUGUUGGAGGAGUACACCAAGACGAAGACUACCUUUGACGAGUACGUUGCUGAGGUUCAGUCCGGCCACCUGCGAUGGUCGCCCCCUCACCGAAACGCUAUCUUCUGGGCCGAGAACGCCCGCAAGAUCCUCGACUUUGAGAACGGCGAGAUCCCCCGAAAGCUGGUUGAGAUCAUGCGACAGCCCUGGGACAAUGACAAGCAGGUGCUGGCCAUCGCCUGCAACGACGUUGGUUGCUUGGUGACGGAGGUGCCAGAGAAGCGAUACCAGCUGGAGAGAGCUGGACUAAAGACGCGAAUCAUGGAGCUCAUGCAGUCAGACGAUGAGAGCGUCCGAUGGGAAAGUCUCCGCGCGUUGGGUGGCUGGUUGAAGUACAGCUUUGAGGAACAAUAA